AUGAGCAGCGGCGACCCACGCGUCCUCAUCAACUACUAUGUGCGGAAGGGAUGGUACGACCACGUGCAGCGGCUCUGUGAGAGCAUCCUCGACAAGAAGGGGAGCGACCCAACCAUCUUGUUUUGGCGGUCGUUUGGCAUCAUCAUGGAGGGCAGCUACUCGUCGGCGAUCCGCGAGCUCGAGGGCUUGAAAUCCAAGAAGGAGGUCGAGCUCCCGUGCGUGCAUGCGCUCAUCUACACGCACAACAAGUGCAAGCACGUCGACCACGACGAGAUUGCGCAGCUCGAGCUGCAAGUCGUCAUUGCCGAGGAGAACGCGACCGACGCGAGCCAGCUCCUGUGCGCCAACUUUUUCUGGCACACCAAAGAGACGGCGAAAGCGCGCAAGGUCCUCGAAAACCUCAUGGGCGGGCGCAUUAGCCCCGAGACGCCGCUGCAGAUCCGUGCGGCGAUCCUCCGCGGCUGGGUCGACCUUACGACCGAGCCCAAGACGAAGCGCGACAUCGAGUACCGCGAAAACAGCAUCCAGCUUUUCGAAGAGGCCAAACAGCUCCUCGGCGUCGCCAAGUACCACGACUUUAAGAAGAACCACGCCAAGGCGCUCGAGUGCUACGACGAGAUCAUUGUCAAGUACACGUGGCUCAAGCACGCGCUGAGCGAGAAGGCGCUCGUGCUCUUCAAGAUGGGCGAGUGGGACCAGUGCGUCGACAGCGCCGAGCGGGCGCUGACCACGAGCGCGAACGACAUUGAGGCGCUUCGGCUCUUCAUCUUUUACCUCUUGACGCGCGAAGGCAAGCCCAAGGAGGCGGCGGCGCGCAUUCGGGAGCUCGUCAAAGCACUCCACGCGACCGAAGCGUCGAACCCGGCCUUGUACUACGACAUCUCCAAGUGCAUUGCGCGGAUCGCCGACAAGAACCACGAAGUGCUGUCUUGCAACCUCGCGCUCGUCGAGCAAGCCAUCAAGCUCUCGCCCGAGACUGGCGUCUACCAUGCGGAGCGCGGGUACCAGCGCGCGCUCAUGGGCGAUUUCCACGAAGCCGUCGACUCGUACAAAGACGCGCUCAAGCUCGACGAGUCGAACGAAGCGGCGCUCCACGGCCUCAUCUACUGCCAGAUCAAGAUGGGGCUCAUCGACGACGCUGCGCAGCAGAUGGAGUUUCUCAGCGUCAUCCAAGAGUCCAUGGGUGCGAGCGCCGAUUUUGUCAUGCUCCAAGCCAUGCUGAGCUGGCACAAGGACAAAGACCGGCAAAAGCAAGUGAAAUUUCUCCAAAAAGCCGCCCAGCUGCACAUGGACAAGCUCAAAGAGGCCAUGCAGACCGGAGACCUCUCGACAUACGACAUCAUGGCGGCGCUCAACCCGCACUUUCUCGUGGAAAUCGCGAUGGAAUUCAUCAAGCUCGACGGCGUCGACGACGGCAAAGCCAUGGCGGCGCGGGGCAUUUCGAUCCUCGACAAGAUCGUCGCGAAAUCACCGGGCUUUUUGGAGAUCCAAUUUGUGCUCGCGAACGCCAAGUUCGCAGCCAACGAGUUUGACGACGCGUUCCGGAUUUGCCGGUCGCUGCUCAAGAUGCACCCGUCGCAUGCCGGCGCGCACUUGCUCGAGGCGCGCGUGAGUCUCGAGCGCGAGCACUUUAAAGCGGCGGCGUCGAGCCUCGACAUUGCGCUGAGUCACGACUUUUCCGUGCGGCAGACGCCGUCGUUCCACAUCAUCAAGGCCAAGCUCCUCGAGAACGAAGGCAACCUCAAGGACGCGCUUGGCUGCACCCGCAAAAAGCAAGUGACGGCCGCGGCCGCUGAAAUGUCCCUCUUUGACAAGUCGUGCAUUUACAUUCAGCUCGCGUCCGUGCACGCGCAGCUCAACAACGUGGGCGAAGCCACGCGACUCGUCAAGGAAGCCCUCGACGUCUUCAAAGGCACGACCCAAGAAGUCCGCGUCCUCGUCGCCAAUAGCGAGCUCGCGAUCAAGCGCGGCGACUUUGACAAUGCGAUCAUCAUGCUCAACGGCAUACCCCAGGAGUCGCCGGCCUUUAUCAAGGCGCAGAUGAUCAAGGCCGACAUUUACCUCCAGCACCGGAAGGAAAAGCGCCUCUACGCCCAGUGCUACAAGGAGCUCGUCAAACUGAGUCCGUCGGUCGAGUCGCACAUUCGGAUGGCCGAAGCCUACCUUCGCAUCCAGCAGCUCGACGACGCGAUCGAGUCGUACCGCAGUGCGCUCGUGCUGACGCCAACGGAUGCGUCGCUCGCGAGCCGCAUUGGCCACAUCCUCGUCAAGAAGCACGACUACAUGACGGCGAUCGAGUACUACGAGUCGGCGCUCAAGUCGGCGCCCGACCAGACGCCGCUCCGAACCGACCUCGCCAACCUCCAUGCGCGGCUGCACCAGUACGACCAGGCGCUGCGCCUCAUUCAGUCGGCACCGUCGAAAGGUGCGCACGGCGACGUCAAGGAGAUGCUCGAGAUGAUUGAGCUCCAGCUCAUCUUGCCGCGCAUCCACAACGGCUUGGGCAACACGCCGGCCGAAAUCGACAGCUUGCUCUUGGUGGCCAAUUUGCAAAAGAACGUGCUCGAUAAACUCCGCGACGAGCGGCCGGACGAGCUGCCUCGCCACACGACCGCGCUCGCGACGACCAACUACAAGCUCGCGGUCGUGUACAACACCAUGAAAGACUGGGACAAUGUGCUCAAGUACUGCACGAUGGCGCUGCGGGCCGACGAGUCCCACGAAGAGUCGAUUCUGUGCCUCGCGCGCAUUUACAACCAAAUGCAAAACACCGAGCAGUGCCAAGCAAAGUGCACGACGCUGCUUCGACUCAACCCGUCCCAUGAAGAAGCGGCCAUGAUGCUGGCCGACAUCAUGCUGCAGAAGGACGACAACGAGUCGGCGAUUUUCCACUUUCAAAACCUGCUCGAAGCCAAGGCCGACAACUUUGCCGUACUCAGCCGCUUCAUCACGAUGCUGCGGCAUGCCGGCAAGCUCGAGCGCGUGCCACGCUUCCUCAAGCUCGCCGAGCGGUCGGGGCCGCGCGUCGCGCACUCGGCCGGGCUGCAUUUUUGCAAAGGGCUCUACAACCGGUACCAAAACAACAUCCACGACGCAGUCGCCGCAUUCAACCUCGCGCGCAAGGACCCUGAAUGGGGCAGCCACGCGCUCAUCAACAUGAUUGAGAUUUACCUCAAUCCGGACAACGAAAACAUCUGGGACACGCCCGACGUAGACUCGUCCAAGGAGCAAACCGAGAAUAUUCGCAUCGCGAACGCGCUCUUGGACGAACUCCCGUACGAGAAAACACUCAAGUUGCGCGUGCUCGAAGCCUACGCCGUCCUCGCCAACAAGACCAAGCCCACGAUCGAGAAGGCCAUCGCCGUCUUCCUCGAGAUCCUCGAGCAAGAGAAGGAGAGCGUGGCCGCGCUCUUGGGCCUCGCGACCGCCUACAUGCUCGCCAAGCAGCAGCCGAAGGCGCGCAACCAGCUCAAGCGCAUCGCGAAAAUGAACUACGACCCGACGCUCGCCGACGAGUUUGAGCGCAGCUACAUCCUCCUCGCCGACAUCUACGUCUCGCGCUCCAAGUACGACCUUGCCCAAGAGCUCUGCAAGAAAGCCCUUUUGCACAACAAGAGUUCGGGGAAAGCGUGGGAGCUCCUCGGCCUCAUCAUGGAGAAGGAGCAGUCGUACCAGGACGCGGCCGACUGCUACGGGGAAGCGUGGAAGUGUGGCGGCGAAGCGUCCGCACCCAUUGGGUUCAAGCUCGCGUUCAACUACCUCAAGGCCAAGCGGUACGUCGAAGCGAUCGACGUGAGCCAGAAGGUCCUCGACAAGUUUCCCGACUACCCCAAGAUCCGCAAGGAGAUCCGAGAGAAGGCGCAAGCUGGCUUGCGUCCCUAA